AUGGCAGCACAACAGUCCGGUGCGGCUUCCCAGGGUCAAGCUCCUAUCAAGGAGACCGACCAAAGUGGUGCCAUCCCAAGAGGCACAGCUCCGAUCAAUGAGACCUACUAUCACUGCAGCGGGCCGGCAACAGCGUUUGAGAAGAUGUUCGACCCUCGUGUCUGUUCGUACGGCCACCUGUUCAAGCACUUACAGCCCACGAUCGAGCAGGCAAAGAAGCCGCACGGUGACGGAGAGCAGGCGGCGAAUCUCAUUCAUGAGGCAAUUCACACCGUCGUUGCAAAGCCAGAUUGUAAAGGCGUCGAGCAUAUCGUACUAACGACUAUCGACGCUGACGGUCAAGGGACUGGAGGACUCUUGCAGUGUUCGGGCUGCACUGGUGUUGCGCCGGGCGGCACAUUGAGACAAGAUAUUGUGACGGAUAUGAUCCACGCCGGGGCACUGCAUUUCAAGCAGAACCUUGAUCGACAGCAUGGGAACGUGUAUGAGGCACUGCGCGUGUAUAACUCCGGGAGUAUUGCGAGCGAUGGAGAUCUGGCUAGUCCGAAAAGCGUGGGGACCCCGUCUUAUGUGACUGAUAUCGCGAAUUGGUUGCAUGGGUGGAUCGACGGGCGAAACGCUUGA